UCGCAGCUGCAGCCGGCGGAGCGCGCGGCGGGCGGGGGGGGGGGCGGGCGGGCGCGCGGGGGGCUCCGCGCGCGCGGAGCAGCAGCAGCAGCAGCACCAGCAGCACCGGAGGAAGAGGAGGAGGAGGAGGAGGAGAAGGAGGACGGGGCUGCGCGCCCGGCUCGCCGCUUUUCCUGCCAGGGACGUACACACUCGUUCAUGCACGAGCGCUUUUUUUUUAAUCAUUAUUUCUCCCGGAGAUUUUUUUUUUUUAUUUUAUUAUUAAUUUUUUUUUUUUUUUUUCCUGAGGGGUUUUCUUUUUUUCGCAACUGCCACAUCCUACCUGCACAAACUCCUGGCCGCCGCCACCACGAGUCCUUGGAGCCGGGGAUUUGGGGGCGCGCCGCCUCCCUCCCCCCCCUCCCCCCGCCCCUCUCCCCGCGGAGGUUGCGCGCUGGCCGUGCCCAGCGCUGAGAGACUUUUCGGCGGCGAGCGCGCUGUUUUCCUGACAGGUCGGGGGCCGGCGAAAAAAGCACUUGUGAACUGGACCGGCUGCUUGGCGGAGGGGGGAGACCCGCGGUGCUGAGGGAAAGAAAGCAGAGCGACACCCCCCCUCCUCCUCCUCACUCCAAAAAAAAAAAAAAAAAAAAAAAAAAAAAUAAAGCCCUCAAACACACCGAGAAAAAAAAAAAAAAAAAACCCAACCAAACUUGGACGGGCGGCUCAAGGCGCCGCUUUUGCAGAAACUCUGUGUGACCGCGGGCGGCCCCGCCGCCGCCCUGAGGGGGAGAGGACCGCGCCGGUGUGGAAGUACAAGUGGUGCGGGGAGCGGGGGCGCGGCCGCGGGGGGCUGCGCGGCCCCGGUGCCGCUGUGAGAAGUUGCGCGCUUUGCCCCGCGCCGGAGCGGCGCUGAGCCCCGGCGAGCCCCCCCCCGCCGCCGCCGCCGCCGCCGCGAUGGUGCAGCAGACCAACACGGCGGAGAACACGGAGGCGCUGCUGGCCGCCGAGACCUCCGACUCCGGAGCCGGCAUCGAGCUGGGCAUCGCCUCCUCCCCCACGCCGGGCUCCACCGCCUCCACGGGGGGCAAGGCGGACGACCCGAGCUGGUGCAAGACGCCCAGCGGGCACAUCAAGCGGCCCAUGAACGCCUUCAUGGUGUGGUCGCAGAUCGAGCGGCGGAAGAUCAUGGAGCAGUCCCCCGACAUGCACAACGCCGAGAUCUCCAAGCGCCUGGGCAAGCGCUGGAAGCUGCUCAAGGACAGCGACAAGAUCCCUUUCAUCCGGGAGGCGGAGCGGCUGCGCCUCAAGCACAUGGCGGACUACCCCGACUACAAGUACCGGCCCAGGAAGAAGGUGAAGUCGGGCAACAGCUCCGCCAAACCCGGCGACAAGGCGGACAAGGGCGGCGGGGGCGGGGGCGGCGCGGGCGGCGGCUCCGGCGGCCCCGCGGCCCCCGCCAAGCCCGCCCCGAAGAAGGGCGGCGGCGGCGGCCCCAAGCCCCCGCCCGCGGGCGGCAGGCCCCACGGCAAGGCGGCGGGCGGCAAGGCCGCCCCGUUCCCGGGGGAGCCGCCGGCCGCGCUGCUGCCGCCCGAGCACCAGGCGCUGUACAAGCCGCGGGGGGCGGCGGGCGCGCCCGCGGGCGCCGGCAAGGCGCUGGCCGAGAAGAAGCUGAAGCGGGUCUACGUCUUCGGGAGCGGGCAGGCGGCCUCCGCGUCCCCCGGCGGCGCCGUGCCCGGCAGCCCCACGCUGAGCAGCCCGGCGGAGGCCGGCGAUCCCUUGAGCCUUUACGAGGAGGGGGGCGGCGGGGCGGGCCGGCCCGACGGGGACUGCGGAGGCGCCGCCUGCCCCUCGCCCUCCGGCUCGGGCUCGCCCUCGGAUCACCGCAGCUACACCAGCCUGCGCGCCUCCUCCCCGGCCCCCUCGACGGCGCAUUCCUCCUCCGCGUCCUCCCACUCCUCCUCCUCUUCCUCCUCCGGCUCCUCUUCGUCGGACGACGAGUUUGAGGACGACCUCUUGGACCUGAACCCCAGCCCCGGCUUUGAGAGCAUGUCCCUGGGCAGCUUCAGCUCCUCGGUGCUCGACCGGGACCUGGAUUUUAACUUCGAGCCCGGCUCGGGCUCGCACUUUGAGUUCCCGGACUACUGCACGCCGGAGGUAAGUGAGAUGAUCUCGGGGGACUGGCUGGAGUCCAGCAUUUCCAACCUGGUCUUCACUUACUGAGGCGAGGGCCCGGCCCGGCUGGAGGAGGCACAGAGGCGCGUUGUCGGCAGGACUCGCCCACCCCGUCGGGGCGCUUUUGUUUCUUUUCUUUUUGUGCGUUUGUUUUGUUUCGUUUGGUUUUGGUUUUUGGUUUUUUGUUUGUUUGUUUGUUUUGUUUUUCCUAACCCCCCCCUUUUUUUUUUUUUUUUUAUUCCUGGGAAAGGGGCUGGCGAGACUGCUUUUUGUGCUUGGGGGAGAGCGGCGGCGGGAGCGGGCUCGCCCUCUCCUUGCAGAAAGGCCAGCGGUCCCCUUCCUCCGGCUGGAGACGGACCCUCACCCCUCUCCGGGAGCCAAGCCAGACGUUGUUUUUUUUCAGAGACUGGCGGGAGCGAAACGGUUUUUCCUUUUUUUUUUUUUUUUAUUUCCUGAAAAGAGAGACGGAAGAAAGGGGGGGGGGGGGGGGGGGGGGGGAGGGCGCAACCACACACACCUCUGGGUUCUUUGUUAUUGCCCACUUUAUACGGAUAAAGGGGAGGGGGAGCGAUGCAUUGUGCUGAGCGCACACUGGAUGUCUUGAGCAUUCGCCCUUUCGUGUGAAAGAGCGAUCAGAACUGCUUGGGGAAAAAAAAAAAAAAAAAAAAAAAGACAAAAAAAAUCCACCCAAGCCCUUGCACGGUUCAUCUUUGGGGGCAGAAAUCCUGUCCCGGUUUCUUCUGCGGUGAGAGGAGGCGACGAUGAUGGGAGGAGGAGGAGGCGGAUGGAGCUGGGAGCUGGACUGAGAUCCCAGUUAAGCGGAGAAGAGCCAGACUUAACACUUGAGAGCUGUCUUGGAAAUACGGCGGGGGGAAGAUAAUAAUAAACUGAAAAGGAUUUGCACGUACAGAUGAGGUGGCGGCAGCGCUUUUCUCAGUCACCUUAUGUCAUAUGUAGAGAGAAAAAUAAGGACGGAACUUCAAGAACACUGAAAACUUCUUUUGAAACGGAGACCGAAUGGGAACAGUUUCUGUCAUGAUGUGGUACAGGGGAAAUGGAGGGCGAUGGCUUUUGCAAAAAAACCCUGAAAAUACUAAAAAAAAAACAAACAAAAAAAAGAAGUAGUUUUUUUCUUCUUUACUCAGAAUCGUGGUGGUGUUGGAUUAUUUCACUGGUGGGGUUUAAUAUAGCAUGUUAUCCUGUCUAUCUUUUUAAGAUUUCUGUAAGACUGUUGAACAGUUUAAAAAAAAAUAGUGUUAGGAUAAUAUAAAAGCAGAUAGAUGGCGCUAUGUUUGAUUCCUACAAAAAUAUCACCAGCUUUUUUUCAUUCUUAACUCUUUAAAGGAUUCAAACGCAACUCAAAUCUGUGCUGGACUUAAAAAAAAAAGAAAAUUCAGGACCAAAUUUUUUCUCAGAGUAUGUAUGUGUUUGUUCCUUAGAGCUGUAAAUGAAAAGACUGUUUUUUCUCACCGAUGCUCCAUCCUCGUAUUGUUUUUUUUCCUUGUAAAUGUAAUCGGAUGCCAUUUUAUAAGUGGACGUAUUUAUACUGGCCAAACAUUUUUGACUUGUAUUUCUUUGUCCUUUUUUGGUAGUUCUCGUUGUUACCCGCACCAUUUUUAUGUCUCCUUCACUGAAGGGCUAGAGUUUUAACUUUUAAUUUUUUAUAUUUAAAUGUAGACUUUUGACACUUUUAAAAACAAAAAGAGAAGAGAGAUGAAAACGUUUGAUUAUUUUCUCAGUGUAUUUUUGUAAAAAAUAUAUAAAGGGGGUGUAAAUCGGUGUAAAUCGCUGUUUGGAUUUCCUGAUUUUAACAACAGGGCCGCUGGUUAGUAUCUCCCACGCGUGUGCGCUCUCACUCACACUCACACACCCACGAAUCAGCCCCUAUUUUGUCCAUGUUUACACUCCAAUCUGCAGGCAUCUUAAAGUGACAGCAUCCCUCGCCGCCGCCGCCAGUGCCCGCUCUGCAGCGCCCUGCCUUUUGGGGGGGGGAGGGCGGGGGGGCCGGGGGAGGCCAGAGGGGAAGGGAAAGACUAAGGCGUAUACACUGUAUGCUACCGUUUUGGGGCGAAAUCUAUCCCGAAAUGAAGUAAAGCAACUGGUGCAUUUACACAGAAGGGAUCCUGUACCUUUAACUUGUAAACCACAUCUUUUGCACUUUUUUUUUUAGAAGCAAAAACGUGCCGUUUAAACCACUGGAUCUAUCGAAAUGCCGGUUUGAGUUCGCGACACUAUGUACUGCGUUUUUCAUUCUUGUAUUUGACUAUUUAAUCCUUUCUACUUGUCGCUAAAUAUAAUUGUUUUAGUCUCUUAUGGCAUGAUGAUAGCAUAUGUAUUCAGGUUUAUAGCUGUUGUGUUUAAGAUGAAGAAAGUGAAAACAUCUUUGUACAUUUAAGUCUGUAUUAUAAUAAGCAAAAAAGAUUGUGUGUUUAUGUAUGUUAAUAUAACAUGACAGGCACUAGGACGUCUGCCUAAUGAGGUGGUUCCGUUAAGGGUUUAACUUUUUUUGUUCUUUUUGUUAUUUUUUUGGUCAUCCAUCCUGUGCAAUAUGCUGUGUAGAAUAUUUUUUUUUUUUUUUCGGUCUUAACGAUCACCCACAACGCAACGUUGGGAAAGAAGAGAGAAAAAAAAAAAAAAUCAUGCCAGCUAACCAUGUCAAGUUCACUGCCUGUCAGAUUGUUGAUAUACCUUCUGUAAAUAACCUCUCUUUUUUUUUGUU